AUGUAUUCACUAUUAACUUUUAUAAUUAUUUUCUUACUGCGAAUAUAUCAUAUUUGGGCUGCUUAUUUUUCACAAUUUUCACUUCGAGAACCGGAAUAUGAUCCCUGUUACGAUCAUGCCGGGCGUCCUAUACGUUGUGUUCCGGAUUUUAUUAAUGCCGCAUUUGGCAAACCAGUCACUGCAUCCAACACAUGCGGACAGUCUGGACCGUCGAGCUACUGUACACUCCGUGAGAAUGCAAUGGGAGUGAUGGAAGAAGUGUGCAAUAUUUGCGAUGCAACUAGCAAAACUCGAUCUCAUCCAGCUUCUCAUUUGACAGAUUUGAAUAAUUUACAAAAUGUGACCUGUUGGAUGUCAGAACCAAGUACCGAAUAUCCACAUAAUGUGACGUUAACUUUAUCACUGGGAAAAAAGUACGAAUUAACCUAUAUAUCAGUACAAUUUUGCAAUCGUCUUGCUGAUUCUAUGGCCUUUUACAAAUCAGUAGAUUUCGGGAAAACUUGGAUACCAUUCCAGUUUUAUUCAACAGAGUGUCAAAAGAUCUAUGAUCGCAAUCCAAAUAUUAAAAUUGGCAAAUAUAAUGAACAGGAAGCAUUAUGUACCAAUACUCAUGCAUUGACCUCAGUGCCGAACCGGGUAGCCUUUGCAACCCUGGAAGGUCGUCCAUCAGCAUUUGAAUUUGAACAUUCACCCAUAUUACAAGAUUGGGUUACUGCCACUGACAUACGUGUUAUUUUUAAUCGACUCAGUCCUGAUCAGGCUGAAUUAUAUGGCUUAACAAAUGAAAUAGGAGCGAACAUAACUGAUAUGGACCGGUUGAAGCAGCGCUAUUAUUAUUCAGUGGGUGAGCUAGCUGUCGGCGGUCGUUGCAAGUGCAAUGGUCAUGCUUCCAGGUGCAUAUUGGAUAAAACGGGCAAUUACAUUUGUGAUUGCAAGCACAAUACAGCUGGUGCUGAUUGUGAGCGCUGCAAGACAUUUCAUUUGGACCGCCCGUGGGGCCGUGCUACCUCGGAAAAUGCCAACCACUGCGUCGCUUGUAACUGUAACCUACAUGCGAAAAGAUGUCGAUUUAAUAUGGAAUUGUAUAGGCUGAGUGGUAAUAAGAGCGGCGGUAUCUGUAUUAACUGCAAACAUAACACAGCCGGUCGUAAUUGCCAUUACUGUAAACCAGGAUAUUUUCGAGAUCUGACAAAAUCAAUAACACAUCGAAGAACUUGUAAAGCAUGUAAUUGUCAUCCUGUUGGUUCACUUUCACGAAGUUGCAAUCAAAGCAGUGGACAAUGUAUCUGCAAAGAUGGUGUCACCGGUUUGACCUGCAAUCAGUGUUCGAAAGGAUACCAGCAAAGUCGUUCGCCACUCCAUCCAUGCAUUCGUAUUCCUGUCAGCGGGUCAGCAAUAAUUCAUGAUGCCAAAUGUCCGAAAUGUAGAGCUGCACCGAAACGAUUAACGCAGAAAAAGUACUGCAGGAGAGAUUACGCGGUUGAAGUACAAAUAACAGGACGUGAAAGUGUAGAUGGAUGGAGUAAGUAUCGGUUGCUGGUAUUAGCAAUAUACAAACGUGAUGCUGAAAUUCGUUUACGCCGCGGUGAGCAGUCAUUAUGGAUAUCUGGCAAACGUACUGCUUGCAAAUGUCCCAAAAUACGAGUGGGGAAAAAAUAUUUCAUACUUGGGGGAAAUGACACGAAUGACAUAAGUCGACCAGGAAUUGUUUUUGGUACAAGAACAGUUGUGUUGGAAUGGAAUGACGAAGAUUUGCAGAAAAUUAUGCGCUUUUCCAGAAAAGAAAGGAAAGGUCAAUGUCCAGCAAGACGACGAUUUUGA